CGCGUAGGGGGCGGGGCCGCGCGCAGAGGGUGGGGAGGUGGGCAAGAUGGCGCCUGCCGAGUGAUUCUUCUCGGAUCCCUCCUGCCGGCGCGGAGACACCGGGGCGGGGGUCCUGCCGCCACCACCUCCCUUCCUCCUCUCCCCCGCCCCCGGAGCCUUCUUCCUUCCCUUCCCCCCUCCGCCUCGGGGGUGGGCCUGGUUCCCGGGACACCAUGUCGGACUCUGAGGAGGAGAGCCGGGACCGGCAACUGAAAAUCGUCGUGCUGGGGGACGGCGCCUCCGGGAAGACCUCCUUAGCUACGUGUUUUGCUCAAGAAACUUUUGGGAAACAGUACAAACAAACUAUAGGACUGGAUUUCUUUUUGAGAAGGAUAACAUUGCCAGGAAACUUGAAUGUUACCCUUCAAAUUUGGGAUAUAGGAGGGCAGACAAUAGGAGGCAAAAUGUUGGAUAAAUAUAUCUAUGGAGCACAGGGAGUCCUCUUGGUAUAUGAUAUUACAAAUUAUCAAAGCUUUGAGAAUUUAGAAGAUUGGUUUACUGUGGUGAAGAAAGUGAGCGAGGAGUCAGAAACUCAGCCACUAGUUGCCUUGGUAGGCAAUAAAAUUGAUUUGGAGCAUAUGCGAACAAUAAAACCUGAAAAACACUUACGGUUUUGCCAGGAAAAUGGUUUUAGUAGCCACUUUGUCUCAGCCAAGACAGGAGACUCUGUAGAUUCCUUGAAAGGGGAUUGAAACAUUGCCAAAUCACCACCAGAAAGACUAAAUUCAUGCUAUCACCAGCAUUGUAUGAUUGCCAUAACUACAUCCUUUUAACAUUCAGGAUUUAUUUAGGUAUUUAUUUUAAAAUCUUUGUCAAAUUGGUAGGCCCCCAAAAAGAAAAAAGACACUUCACUGUUUAAAUUUGAAUUUCUUUAUAAUUGAGGUUGAAAUUUUAAAAGUUUUAUUAGUUAUUCACUUUCUGCUUUUUGUUAUAAUUUUCUAUUGCAUUUAGAAAUUUUCUAUGACCAUUUUUAUAUUAAUGCUAAUAGUCAUAUAUCAUAAUUUUUUCAAAUAAUCUUCACUGACCCCCAUUUGACUAUUUUUCCAGUUGACAUUUUUCAACUAAAAGAAGUUGGAAAUUUUUCUGUGGUUUAAGAUUUUUGAUGUUUUUCUCUGUGAUAUCCUUUAUAGUUUUACACCUAAAAUAAAUAAUAUGAUGGGGGUUUAUUCUUUCUUUUGGUAAGACCCAUUAAAAAAUUUGGCCUCCUGGAAUCCUUUCCCCUCAGACAAUGUGAACAUGGGCACAUACUCACCCAUCCAUGCCUUUUUAAAAAAUGUAAUGUCAAUAAUUGUAGAUAAACUCAUCCAUGGAUUCACUGGGCUUUUACCCUCACUUAAUCUUCCCAGGGGCUUUUUUGCCAUUUCAGAAUUAUUUUAACUUGUAGUAUUUUAGCUUGUUUUUAACCACUUAGUAUUUUUUUGCCACUUAGUGUUUUUUUGUGUGCUUAUAUUGAACCACUAUUAAAAAACUUAAUUUUUUUAAAGUGGUACUUUGAAAUGGUUUGUUCUUAUGAAAUUACUUUAAGACUUGUAAUCAUCUCUAGCUCCAGGUAACUUUCUCAUCGCUUGAGGAGAUGAGCUCCUGGCUUACUAUACUUUCUCUGAUAUUACCUAUGUCAUAAUUCUUAGUGAUUUCAGUAUCCUUGUUUCUCCCUGACUCCACCUUAGUCACUCUCGCAUACCACAGAUCAUGUCAUUACAAAUUACUGUGGCUCCUCUAUUAUCUCAGUAUCAGGCAUCCUAAUCACUAACCACCAACAAUCUUCUGUUUCACACCUUUGAAUGUCCUAACACAACCAUGCUCAACCCUAGCAAGACCUACAAGACAUUGAUCCUAACACCUUUGCAAAAUCUUAACCUCCUUUCAUGUCUUCAUUUUUCUCUCUUCUGAACUUAAAUCUCAUGGCCAGUCCAAGUCAUUGCCAUGCAUAUACUCUCAGUUCCCUUUUCCCUGUUUCACUUUGUCAUAUCUGCUUGUGUAAACCUUAAUUCUGGUUUAAACCAAGCCUCCACUUUUUCAUGGGUGUACCCAUGAACAUGACCAGAGAAAAACACAGAGGCAUGCUGGAGGUUUUACUUUAAGUUCACAAUCACUAAUCUGAAGUGGGCCCAUAAUGCUGCUCAGUAAUUAUGCUCUAUGUCUCUAGUCUAUCACCUCUUCCCCUCACCUAGGUGACUUUUUUUGUUUGUUUGUUUGUUUGUUUGUUUUUUGAGACAGAGUUUCACUAUGUCCUCCGGGCUGGAGUACAGUGGUGCCAUCUCAGCUCACUGCAGCCUCCGCCUCCUGGGUUAAAGCGGUUCUCUGCCUCAGCCUCCCGAAUAGCUGGGAUUACAGGCACCCACCACCACGCCUGGCUAAUUUUUUGUAUUUUUAGUAGAGAUGGGGUUUCACCAUCUUGGCCAGGCUGAUCUUGAACUGAACUCGUGAUCCACCUGCCUCAGUCUCCCGAAGUGUUGGGAUUACAGGCGUGAGCCACUGCGCCAGGCCGAUGACUAUUUCAUAGCUUCUCUUCUCUCUUCAAAUGUUCAAACUAUCCUCCUCUAUCAGCUGAUGACCUUGUUUCCUAUGUUAUAAGAAAUUUGAAACAAACAGAAGACAACUUCUACAUACUGCUGCUACCAGGUCUAACCUCAUCCUACUUACCCCAUCUGUUCUCAUAUCUUCUGUCUUCUCUGUGGUUACUCUGGGAUCUAUUCUAGCUAGGGCCACCUUCUCCAUUGUGUACUAGUCCCAUUUAUCUUUACUGAAUCAAGGAUAUUGCUUUAGCAGUUCUCUCUGUUUCAUAUGGAUUUUUUUUUUCCAUCUACUGGAUUAUUCUUUCAGCACAGAAAAUAUUAUGACUUCUUUUAUCUUAAAAACAAGAAAAUUCUUGAUGCCACAUUUUUUCUCUAGCUGUUGCCUUAUUUCCUUCCUUCAUUUUCCAGUGGAUGUUUUGAAAGAAUUGUCUCUAGUUCUUCUUUUCCCAAUUUCUCUUUCAGUUCCAGCAGACUUUUGCCCUCAGUAUUUUACCCAAACUGCUAUUAUUCAGGUCAUCAAUGGCCUCUUUUUUGCUGAAUCCAAUGGUCAGUACUCAGCCCUCAUCUUAUUUGAUUAAGUAGCAACAUAAAUAAUUGCUGAUCACUCUCUUCUCUUUGAAAUACUCUCUGCACUUAGCUUCCAGGAUACAACGCCUCCUGGUUUUCUUCCUACUAAACUAACUACUCUGUCAGUCCCCUUGACUAAUUUUCUUACCUCUCCAGCCAACUAAGGUUCAGUCCUUUGAUAUCUCUUUUUCUACACUUAUUCCCCUAAUGGCUUUAUUUAGUCUUCUGGCUUUGCUCAGACUUUUCCCCUGAACUGUAGACUCUUAUAUCCAACUGCCCACUCAGCAUCUCCACUUAAAUGUCUAAUAGGCUGCCCAGUUUAACAUGUUUAGAACUGAGCUCUUGAUAUUCCCUCCUCAAAUCUCUCACAGUCUUCCUCACUUUAAUAAAUAGCAGAUCUACCAGUUGCUCAGGCCAAAAAAAUUUUGGAGCCUUUCUUGACUCCUCUUUUUCUCUCACACCCCACAUCUGUCACCAAAUCCCCUUGGCUGUACUUUGAAAAUAUAUCCAGAACCUGGUGACUGUUUCUUACUGUGUCCACUUCUACCACUUUGAUUCAGCCUCCAUAAUAUUUUACAUUAGUUUCUUUGCUGAUUCUCUUUUUGUACACCUGGUCUCCUAUAGUGAAUGUUCAAUACAAACAACCAGACUAAUGCUGUUAAAAUAAAAGUCACACUGGGCCACCCUCCCAUGCCUUCCAUUUUAUUUGGAGUAAACACCGAAGUCCUUCCAGUAGCCUACCAGAUUCUACAUGCUUUGUACUCCCUUCAUCUCUUUGCUCAUCUUCUUUUAUAAUCACUCUUUCUCUGCACUCCACCACAGUACUUCUCCUGUUGUUCCUUGAACACUGACCAUCAAUGAACUAAUAUAUGCUUCUUAGGGUACAAACGGCAUAAGGCUAUCAGGAAUAUGUAUCCUUUUUUGUUAGAAAUAAAAAUUAAUAAAGUUUUGAUAAAUAUUCUAUAAGCAUGUGAUGAAUAGGGAUAAGAAUAUGGUAGGACAUUUAUGAAGAAAAGAUAAGUUAUACUACAGUAAAUGUCACGAUUGGAACUCUAGUAAUUAUAGUGGACCUGACAUAAGCUAACUAUGUGUGGAAAGGCUAUUUAUAGAAAAAUAUUUAUCUAUUUUUGUUUAAUUGUAAUGGCAUAUAUUUUUCCUUUACUCUGAACUGAUAAGAUAUAGUAAACAGUACCAAGUUGCUUUACUCAAGAUACAUGGAGAAUUUGUUGGAAUGAUAUGAAAGGCACAGAGAGUAUUAAAGUGUUAGAAAGUAAGACCUUUUGAGAUAGGCCAAAGGCGGCUAAAAGGACCAAGAUAAAAUUGACAGUGAAAAACUAGGUUGGUAAAGUAUAGAUUAUUUUUAUUUUCUUCAGGAAUUAUGGGAGUUUUUAUACUAGUAAGUAGGAUUGUUUUGUUGUUUUUUGAAGUGGUAGCUGUAAUCAUCAUGUUAAAUCUUUCAUGUGUGCGUUUAGCAAAAAUGACCAAUUCAUUGAAUUGCAUGGAGUUUUAAAUUACGGCUUAAUAAUUUAAAAAUUAUUGUAUUUAAAAUGUUGCUACAUUUGACAAAUAAAGCUAUUUUUGGAAUCA